AUGAGCAUGGGUUGCGCUCCUAGUUAUCCCAUUACGAGAAGCCCCGUCGUUUAUGAGCCAAUCACGUAUUUUAAUAGAACGGGAACAAGGAAAUCACACGGCGAAAACGAGCUAAAAAAUACGGAAUUUCAAUCAAUUCAAGAGCAGUACUGGGGAAAACUUCUCAUGGAACGAAGAUUAUCAGCUAUGAACAGGAAAAAAUUUCAAGAAAUGGGUGAAAAAGAUUUCAGAUCGUUGAUAGAAGAAUUUCCAGAAUUUAAAGAAUCCGACAUAUCGGACUUACGAUUACAAUUUCAGACGUUUGAUUUAAACCAAGAUGGAAUAAUUGAUUUUAGAGAAUUAACGCAGGUCCUCGAUGACCUAGGGGAUAAGUCUGAGCCUGCCGUACGGGAACAGUAUUUCAGUGACAUUGAUAAAGAUGGAUCCGGUGCUAUUGAUUUUGAGGAGUUCUUAACGCUCAUUUAUCAGCUGCGAAAGACCAAUGCAGAUUUUCUCCGGUCAAGCGAGUUGGGUCAGAUAGGAAGCUUGUGCAAACGUGGCACAGACAAUAUUCAAAGAGUCAGAAAACUUAGUGUGGCUAAGCAAAUGCUCACGGGGCUGUUUUAGGGGAGACUUCCUAACAACAACGUGCAAAUUUCAAAACAUGAAUGACAAUGUGAUGCAGUUUACUUUGACUAUAGUUCAGAAUGAAUGAAAUGUUCUUGUUAAUGGUAAACAUUUCUAUGGUUUGAUUCAUUCCCCACGAUUCUCAUAGCUGUGUUUGUAUUACGAUGCGCGAAUUGUAUAUGAAGCGUUUUUCGGAGCUCCUUAAGGAACUUCUCUCAGUAAUCUUAAUAAAAAAAAUUUUCAGUAAACCAUGCGGUACUCUUUCUAAAUCCAUUCAAGAUUAACUCUUAAACUAUGGAAUGGACGCAAUUAAGGCAGCCAAACGGGGUGCGACGGUUUACUCGUAAUGCUAUCUAAUCUUGUUUCACAGGUGUACUAUGGAUAAUCAUAACUGCUGUCUGCUGGUAAGAAGGUUCUGUGCGUAAGAAAUUUUUGCAAUCUUUAUUGGAGA